UCUCUCUCUAAAUCACACAUUCUGCACUCUUCUUCUUCUCUCUCUCUCUCUCUCUGCAAGAUCCACAAACCCUAGCAAACCCCUUCUUCAGAGAGAACAACACCCUCUCGCUCCAUUCCUCUUCUCACCACUCUCGUUUCUCAGUUGAUUGAAAGGAUUGCAAUGGCAACUUCAGAGAAUCAAGUUCCUCCGGCACCUGAUGUUGUUGGUCAUGCCUUUGUUGAACAGUACUACUACAUGUUGCAUGAAAGCCCUGAGCAUGUGCAUAGGUUUUACCAAGAUGUCAGUAAGCUUGGUCGUCCUGAACCAAAUGGUAUCAUCGGUAUCACAACCACAAUGGCUGAAAUUGACAAGAAGAUACUGUCAAUGGGUUAUAGUGAACUUAGCGCGGAGAUCCUAUCUGUGGAUGCACAAGAGUCUUUUGGCGGGGGAGUCAUUGUCUUGGUCACUGGAUUUAUGAUAGGAAAGGAUAACGUUAAGCAGAAAUUUACUCAAUGUUUCUUCCUUGCUCCUCAAGAGAAAGGCUACUUUGUUUUGAAUGAUAUUUUCAGAUAUGUUGAUGAAAAUGAAAUCAAGGAACCUGAUCAUGCAAUCAGAUCUCCUGCCUCUCCUGAGAAUGUGUUGGAUCCUCUUGUGCUGGAGACACAAGUUCCAGAGCAAAUAUCUGUGGCUGCUGAGAAUGGUGAUAGGGGUGAACUAGAAGUCUACAAUCCAGAAAAUGGGCAAGUGUCUGUUGAAGAAGAGGAAGCUCCUGUUCCUGAGGUUCUUGUUGAAAUUCCUAAUGAUUCACAGAAAGCAGCUGGUUUUGAUCAUGUUCCUGAUGAUUCACAGAAGGUAGCUGAAUUGGCAUCCCAAAUUGAAGAAGUGCCGAAGAAAUCAUAUGCUUCCAUUCUUAAGGUAAUGAAAGGGGCUGCUGCUCCGUCCUCCGUAAUGACAGCUGCUUCUGUGAGAACUUCUAUUAAGAUUCAAGAACAGCAGAGUGCUGCUGCACCUUCACCAUCCAGUGUGCCAGAAACAAAUGGUUCUAGUAUAAGUACUAAUGAAGGUGGAAACAAUCAAGAAACUGAAGCUGAGGGCUAUUCAAUUUAUUUGAAAGGGCUGCCUGGAAAUGCUACGCAUGCCCUUGUUGAGAAUAUGUUCAAGAAGUUUGGCCCUAUCAAGAGUGGCGGUGUUCAAGUUCGGACAGCAAAGGGAUUUCACUUUGGCUUUGUGGAGUUUGAAGAGGAAAGUGCUGCGCUAAGUGCAAUCGAGGCUUCACCAAUUCUGAUCAAUGACCGUCAAGUUGUGAUAGAGGAAAAGAGGUCAACUAAUCGAGGUUAUGGCAGGGGGCCUGGAAACUAUGGAAGGCCGCUCAGUUUCAGGGAUGAGGGAGCAAGAGGGCAUGGAAACUAUGGAAAUAGCCGAAGUUUUGGCCGUGCAGACUACAAUGGUCGUGGAGAAUACAAUGGCCGUGGAGACUAUAACAGCCGUGGAGACUAUAACAGUCGUGGAGACUUCAAUGGUCGUUCAGACUAUAACGGAAGAGGGGAAUAUGGAUAUGGUUAUAGGAAUGGCAAUCGGGGAGGGUUUUCUAGUCGUGGAGGCGAUGGAUAUCAGAGAAACGAUCACAUGGGAACCAAUGGUGGCCGCAUGAAUCGUACUGGUGGGUCUUCUGUUAAUUCAGCACCCAAAUCUACCACUGCCCUUCGUGUUCCUGCCUCUGCUUGAGGAAGCUAUACAUCAAAGAGUUAGACUGAUUAGUUAAGUACAAUUUGCAGUAACUGAAGAAAUUGGAAAGAAUUACAUAGCAAACCUUUUUUAGAAAAAUUGAUUUUACAAGAUUCCCUUUUUUGGUCAUUUUGCUGAUAUUGGAGGUCUUGGGAAAAAAAGUAGUUUUCAAUUUCUAUUCAUUACCUAAUGAAUCUAGCGGUAGUUUUUGUUUUUCCCCAGUUUUAUGAAAAUAUAUAUUUGGGGUAUCAUUUUUUGGUACAUGCUAGUAUUUGGUAGUUUGACUUGAUAUGUUUGCUACCACCAUGACUUUGAGGGAAUGAUUCUGUAAAACUCUAGUUAAUGACUGUUAAAUCUGAAUGAAACUUCCCUGUUAGUUCUUAAAGCAGAGGAUACAGUGGUAGUGUUUCUCAAA